AUGGCUGCGGAGGGCUUGUUGAAGUCAGAUCUCCCCCUGAAUUCCCACGAGAAAUUCAGAUGGCGUGAGCAAAGCUGGUGGCAUCAGUGGCCAAAGCAGCUGCCCCAGACGUCGGGACUUCAUCGAGCACAGCUGCAAAAGUCUGCGUACCGUCUUUGCAAGUUGGAGCAGGGCAGGCAUAGCAAAUCUGCGGGGCCGCCGCCACCUGCGUCUGCGAACAUGACUAAGGCGGGUGCGCCGCCUCCACCGCCCCAGGCGCCACAGCAGCAGGCGCAGCUGCAACAACAGCAGCUGGCAGCGCAGCAGCUGCAGCAGCAGCAGCUACAACAAGCUUAUGCCCAGCAGGAGCAGCAGGCCCAGGCUGCCGCGAUCGCGGCCGGGGGUUUGCUUUUCGGCGGCCUAGGUAUGGUGAACCCCAUGAGCAUGAUGGGCGUGCCCAUGGCUGGCUACGGGAUCCCCGGCAUGGACAUGUCCACGAUGAUGGCAAGUGCCGUGCAACAGCAGCAAGCCCAGGCAGCACCUGAGGCAAAGGCCGCAGCGCAGAAAGCGGCCGGCAAUGCACAGACAAAGGCGUCGCAGCCAGGACCUCCGGCGCCCGUGGCACAGGCUGCGCAAGCAGCCGCUGCUGCCGCAAAGGUGCCAGCGGCAGAGGACGAUGGCGAGGCGCCAUGGAAGAGGUCUCGAAGGGCCAGGGCCCGAGACGCGGACAAGGAGAAAGAAAAUGGUCAGGAGCCGCCAAAGGACCUAAAUGGCGACGCUCACGAGCCUAAGGAUGCCGUCAGACAAGCGAAGCCCUCCGAAGACGAAAAAGAGAAGGAGGAUGAGAAAGCGAACAAGGACAGUAGUGACGACGAGAAGGAAGAUGAGAAGAAAAAGGAGGAGGACAAGAAGGCGUCCUCGGACAGCGAUGCCGAAGAUGCCAAGAAGCCGGACAAGGACAGCUCCGACAGCGACAAAGAAAAGGAGGACAAGAAGAGUGAGAAGUCCAAGUCCUCCACCCCGCCGCGGAAGAAGGCAGACCGGGGGCGAUCCAAAAGCAAGAAGCGCAAGCGCAAGUCGUCGUCUGAUAGCUCUGACAGUGAGAAGAAAAAGGCGGCCCAGAAGAAAAAGGAUAGCAGUGACGAUGAGAAGGAGGAGGAGAAGAAGGCGUCCUCCGACAGUGACGCCGAGAAGGAGAAGAAAAAGGACAGUUCCGACAGCGACAAGGAGAAAGACGACAAAAAGAGCGAGAAGUCCCAGUCUCCCUCCCCCGCGAAGAAGUCCGACCGAGACCGAUCUAAGAGCAAGAAGCGCAAGCGCAAGUCCUCCUCAGACAGCUCCGAUGCAAAAGCAAAGCCGGCAGAAGAUGAGCAAGAGGCAGAGGAGGAGAAGAAGGACGAUGCUCCGAAAUCGGAUGAUGAGGAGGAGGCGAAGACCAGUGUAGCUGCUGGAUCCGAGCCGGAAGAGGAGGAGGAGGAGCCCGAGAAGAAGGCCGAGACGGCGGCCGAGCCCGAAGAAGAAGAGAAGAAGGCGGAGGAGGCAGAGGUGGCAGAGGUGGCAGAGGAGGAUCCACCCAUGGAGAAGACGGAUGUGGAGGAGGACGACGAAGAGGAGGUGAAAACGAGCGUGGCUGCAGAGAGCGAGCCCGAGCAGGAAGAGCAGGAGGAGGACUACGACGGUGUCAAGUUCUCUCUGCUUUUCGCUAGCCAGGAGCUGGCCGGAUGCUCCAAAGCCUUCCAGCUGCCGGCGGCUGGAACGGAGGCUGUCACUGCGGGGCGCUAUGUCAAGAACGAUGUAGUGUUUCAGCCGCUGGGCAUCUCCAACAAGCACUUGGCCUUUGAGCUCAUACCUGCGGAGCAGGAGUCAGAGGAGGGCAAGAAGGUGCACCGCCUCGGUCUUCGGGACAUCUCCUCCAACGGGACGGGCCUCGCGCCGCCGGGGGGAAUCCUCAAGAGGCUCGCCAAAGGCGAGCUGGCUCCAGUUGAGGACGGCUCCAUCGUGGUGCUCCCCAUGCGCCUGAGGAGAGGGGAUCCGAACGGAGACUGCAGUCGAGCAUGGUUCUCCGUUCACAUAGGAAAACAGGCGCUGCCCAAGCAGCCGCCCAUCAGACCCGAAAUCCUCGAAUCCGAGGGAACACCCGCUCCUGCCGGUGAGCCUGUCCCCAAAAAGGAGGACGAGGACGCGGAGAGCGAGACAGAGAAAGAGGAGGAGAAGGAUGACGAGGACGAGAACGAAGACAACGAGGAGAAGGUAGAAGCAGAGGAAAAGGAAGACGAGAAGGAGGAGGAUAAGGAGGAAAAAGACGAAGAGGAGAAGGAGGAGGAGGAAGAUAAGGAUAGCGACGAUGAGAACAAGAACAAGGAGGAUGAGAAAGACAAGAAGGGCAGCAGUGACGACGAGAAGGAGGAGGAGAAGAAGGAGGAGGAAGACAGCGACGCUGAGAAAGCGAAGAAGUCAGACAAGGAGAGCUCUGAUGAGAAGGACAACGAAGACAAGAAGAGUGAGAAGUCCAAAUCCAAGUCUGCCUCCCCUCCGCCCAAGAAGGCAGACAGGGGGCGGUCGAAGAGCAAGAAGCACAAGAAGAAAGCUGCGUCCGAUAGUUCUGCAGAGUCUGGCAAAAAGAAAAAGAAGAAGUCGAAAUCUAAAUCGGCGUCGAAAUCUAGAAGUCGCACUCGAAAAAAGAAGCGGGAGAAGUCGAAUAGCUCCGACGAGAAGAGGCGGAAGAAGCGAGAGAAGUCAGACAGCUCCGACGCCUCAAAAAGGAAGAAGAGCCGCAGCAAAAAGAAGAGCCACUCGCGAAGCAAGCGACGGAAAUCCAGGGGCCGGCGCGACCGCCGCCAUAGCCGCAGCAGACGGCGCCGCCGUUCGAGCAGCUAA